AUGGCAGAGGGGGUUGUCGGCAUGCUGAUUCUGAAGCUUGGCUCAGCCUUGGCCAUAGAAGCAAUCAAGGUUGGUACAGGGAAGCUAUGCCGUCAAGCUAAAGCUUCUUCUAUUGCCAGGCUGUUUGGUCAGAUCCGUGAUAUCAAGGAGGAGCUGGAGAGCAUGCAGUCGUUUCUACAAGAAGCCGAGAGGUUCAAGGAUACUGACAAUACCACUGCCAGCUUCAUCAACAAGAUACGAGGCCUUGCUUUCGAGAUCGAGGAUGUUGUUGACGAGUUCACCUACAAGUUAGAGGACAAACAUGGUGGCUUUUCUGUGAAGAUCAAGCGGCAGUUUAAGAGAAUCAGUACCUGGCGCCGUCUGUCACUGAAAUUGAGAGACAUCAAACUGAAAUUAGAGAAUGUUGAUAGGAGAAAGGCCCGGUAUGACAUGAGAGGAAUUGCAAUCGAAGCUAGAAACAGUGAUGCUCAUUGCAGAUCUACAGAUCAGACUUCAUACUUCCCAAUAGAAGAAAAUCUUGUCGGCAUUGAUGAGAGUAAGAAUCUGCUGAUUAAUUGGUUGACAAGUGAUUUCCAACAGGAGAAUGUAAUUAGCACAGUAUGGGGGAUGGGAGGAGUAGGCAAGACCACUUUGGUUGCCCAUGUUUACAACACUUUGAAGAUUGACUUCGACUGUGCUGCAUGGGUAACUGUCUCAAAAGCAUACCAGGUUCAGGACUUGUUAAAGCAGAUUAUCAGGGAGUUACAGAAGAGCGACUUGAAGGGUGAACUUCGCGUUGAUAUUGUUGACAUGGAAAAGAGAAGCCUAGUUGAGAUCAUCCGUGAUUUCCUGCGUGGCAAGAAGUAUCUUCUGGUUCUAGAUGAUGUCUGGGGUAUUGAUAUCUGGUUCAAAAUAAGAGAUGCUUUCCCUACUAACAGCACCAGCCGGUUUGUAAUCACGUCAAGAAUCCAUGAUGUAGCGUUGCUGGCUACUGGAAAUUGCAUGGUUGAAUUGAAACCACUAGAAGCGCACCACUCAUGGGAAUUGUUCUGUAAAGAGGCGUUUUGGAAAAAUGAAAACAGAAUAUGUCCGGAGGAGCUACAGUUUUUGGCACAAAGAUUUGUGGACAAGUGUAAUGGCUUGCCCAUUGCUAUUGCAUGCAUAGGUCGUUUACUGUCCUGCAAAAGCCAAACUCAUUCUGAAUGGGAAAAAUUGUACAAGGAAUUAGAAGUGCAGUUGACAAACAAUGCGAUUCUUGAUGUUAACAUAGUUCUAAUGGUCAGUUUGGGGGAUCUUCCAUAUAUUUUGAAGAACUGCUUUCUUCAUUGUAUUGUAUUUCCAGAGGAUUAUUUGAUCAAAAGGAAAAGACUGAUUAGACAUUGGGUGACAGCAGGAUUCAUCAGGGAAACAGAGCACAAAACAAUGGAGGAAGUGGCAGAGGGCUAUUUGUAUGAACUUGUAAAUCGAAGCCUAUUGCAGGUAGUGGAGAGGAAUGAAAGUGGACGUGUGCGGAGUUGCCGAAUGCAUGAUAUCAUUCGCCUUCUUGCUCUGGCUAAAUCAAAUGAGGAAAGGUUCUGUAGAGUUCAUGAUGGCUCAGUGAGUUCUUCAGCAGAAAAUACACGCCGCCUAUCAAUCCAAAGCCCCAAUAUUGAGCAGUUGACUCUUUCAAGUGAAGUUCAGCUCCGUUCAAUCUAUGUUUUUGACAAUGGUCUGACAAUUGAUUCACUGAAGCCUUUCUUGAAAUCUUUCAAGUUGCUAUCAACUUUAGAUCUACAAGGUUCCAAAAUUAGGAGGCUACCAAAUGAGAUUUUCAACAUGUUUAAUCUGCGGUUUCUGGGUCUUAGAGAUACCGAGGUUGAGGAUAUUCCGAAAACAGUUGGAAGACUACAGAAAUUGGAAGUUUUGGAUGCUUACAAUGCUAAGCUGUUGAGUUUGCCGGAGAGUGUGGUGACACUUAGGAAGUUGAGAUAUCUAUAUGUUGCUACUGAUCCAAAGACAAAUAUUAAAGGAGUUGUUGCCUGGACUGGAAUCCAGGUGCCUAAUGGAAUAAGGCACUUGACAGACUUGCAAGCCUUGCAACUUGUUGAGGCAAGCUCAGAGACUUUGUGUCAUCUUGGUGCUUUGACAGAGUUGAGAACUUUGUCCAUCACCAAAGUGCAGAGAGAACAGUGUGUUGAUUUGUGCAAUGCUAUCAUGAAUAUGACCCAUCUUGUUAGUCUUGCAAUUAUGGCUAUAAACGAGAAAGAAACACUGGAACUGGAAGAGCUCUGCUUACCCCCUACGCUCUCGAAGCUUGAAAUAGGAGGGCAACUAGAUAGGAAACGGAUGCCUCAGAUUGUCUCGUCCUUCUCAGACCAUGAAAACAUUACCUUGUUGGCCUUAGCCUUCUCCAAACUUGAUGAAGACUCAUUUUCAUGCCUGCUGGUGUUACAUGGUCUACGUGCACUUUGGCUUGAUAAGGCCUAUGAAGGGAAGAGGCUGCACUUCAAUGCCAUGACAUUUCCAAAACUGCGACUGCUAUCAAUCUCAGAUGCACCUCAGCUCAAUGAUGUUGUAGUAGAAGAAAGUGCAUUGCAAAGCCUUGUUCACCUAUCUCUCACAGAUUGUCCAGAGCUGAAGGCCCUCCCUGAUGGCAUUGAGCAUCUUAGAACUCUAGAAAAAUUAUAUCUGCGAGGAGUUUCCAAAGAUCUCACAAAGAAGCUUCAGAAUAAAGAAAAAACAAAAAAAAAAAAGAGGAGGCUCUAUAGAAGAGAGGUGGCAAGGAAAUUAGAGAAGCAUCUGUGUGCAGAACCUGAGUUAGAAACAAGGGAGAAGAGGAGAGCCUUAUUCGAUUUUCUUGGUCGAGAAUUGAGAUGUUGA